ACGGGUGAGCGCGCGCCAAGAGAGACAGCGCGACCACAGCCACAAGUUUAUCAGUGUAAGAUUCACAAAGUCCGAGUAUUCGGACCGCGAGUAGUAUUUUGUUAUGCGUAAAAGUUAUUUUCUUACUGUAGCCUAUGCUCCGAGAAUGCGCCCGGGUGUAUGAGAAUGUUCUUUUAACAAUCGUAAAAGCGCAAAUGUUGUUCACUAUCUCUAUCUCACUCAUUCACUCUCCACCUCUCCCCAACCCAUCACUCCACCUCUCCUCAGCCCAUUACUCUCCACCUCUGCCCAGCCCAUCACUCUCCACCUCUCCUCAGCCCAUCACUCUCCAACUCUCCCCAGCCCAAUGCUCACGCCCUGGCUGAACAAGCGCUUACUCUCUAGCCGCCAGUGAAGGCUCGAGGGUCGUCGGAUUCCUGUGAACGAAAGGAUGCGGUGCCGCAAGUCUUUUGGACAAGGUUCGGUUGGGAUCUAUCUAUGGAUGGCGGUCCUUUUCAAAGGGUCCCUACAGGGGGAGCACCAGCGCAGACUGUACAAGGAGCUGAUGGCCAACUACAAUCGUCUGGAGAGACCAGUGAUCAACGACUCCUCUCCUCUUCUGGUGGAGCUGGGAAUGACUCUGCUGCAGAUCAUAGAUGUGGAUGAGAAGAACCAGGUCCUGAUGACCAAUGCAUGGCUACAGCUGUACUGGACUGAUGUGUACCUGAGCUGGAACCCAGAGAAAUACCCUGGGGUUCAGAACCUACGUUUCCCCUCCAGCCAGAUCUGGACCCCUGACAUCCUCCUCUACAACAGUGCUGAUGAAAGGUUUGAUGCUACCUUCCACACUAACGUGCUGGUGAAUGCGUCCGGUUACUGCCAGUACAUACCGCCGGGCAUCCUGAAGAGUACCUGCUAUAUUGACGUGCGCUGGUUCCCCUUCGACGUCCAGAAGUGUGACCUGAAGUUUGGCUCUUGGACCCACAACGGCUGGCUGCUGGACCUCCAGAUGCUGGACGUGGACACGUCCACCUACAUACCCAACGGAGAGUGGGACCUCGUGGGAGUCCCGGCCAAGCGUAAUGAGCUGUACUAUGACUGCUGUAAGGAGCCCUACCCUGACGUCACCUUCACGGUCACCAUGCGAAGACGAACCCUCUACUACGGUCUCAACCUUCUCAUCCCCUGCGUACUCAUCUCUGGCUUGGCCCUGCUGGUCUUCCUGCUGCCCGCCGACUCAGGAGAGAAGAUCUCCCUGGGUAUCACAGUCCUGCUCUCUCUAACAGUCUUCAUGCUACUGGUUGCUGAGAUCAUGCCUGCCACCUCAGACUCUGUGCCUCUCAUCGCUCAGUACUUUGCCAGCACCAUGAUGAUAGUGGGUCUGUCUGUAGUGGUGACUGUUCUGGUCCUGCAGUUUCAUCACCACGACCCUCAGGGCGGAAAAAUGCCCAGAUGGGUCAGGGUAGUGCUUUUGAACUGGUGUGCUUGGUUCCUGCGUAUGAAACAGCCAGGCGAGGAGCGUAAACCGGCAGGCUACAAGUACCGCCACACUCCACAGCACCACUCCAGUGCCAGCUCCAUCGAGAUGGGACCCAUGGGCACCAUUACGGGCCUCACCACGCCCCUCUCCCAGGCCCCCUGCGCCACAUGCCCCACCGGCACCUCCAACGGCAGCAUGAGCCUCUACUUUAGCUACCAUGCCGUGGAGAGCCCCCGUUGCCCCCCCUCCAGUGAUUCAGGCGUGGCGUUGGGGGGGCGGGCCCAAGGGACCCCCUGCGAGGAGGCUGAGCCCCCAGGGGGAGGUGCUGGAGGAGGAGGAAGGGGGUUGAUCUUUACUCCUCCUCCGGAGGUCCUUCAGAUCCUGGAGGAGGUGUCGUAUAUUGCCCAGCGUUUCAGGGACCAGGAUGAGGAAGUGGCGAUCUGCAGCGAGUGGAAGUUUGCUGCUGCCGUGGUGGACAGACUGUGUCUGGUGGCCUUCACUCUCUUCUCCAUCGUUGGCACCUUCACCAUUCUCAUGUCUGCUCCCAACUUCUUAGAGGCCGUCACCAAGGACUAUUUAAAGAAAUAGUGUCAAUAUGUUCAACCAUAUAUGCCAGCUUCCCGGACACAGGUUAAGCCUAGGCCCGGACUAAGAACCACUUAGCAUGCUUUUUAGUACACGACUAGACUUUCUCUGUGUAUGGGAAACCAACCUUAUGUUCUAUCCAGAUUACUCUGGAGUAUAUUUGAGAAAAAUUGAUUUAAUGUAAAUAGAUGAAUACUGUACAUGUAUCAAUGCAAGGGUUGUCCAUAGUCCCUUUCCUCUCCUUAGAUCCAGCUUAACUGAGGUUGUUCCUGUGUGUUGCUUUGCCAUCCAGAUAUCUCAUUACAAUAUCAACUCGCCGUUUGAACUUUGGAUUCCUGGACCUCCAAUCCACGACCUUUAGAACUUUGAACUGUCUUGGACGUUCUGGACUGUUGUCAGCAUUAUGUAGUGUGGUUAAGGUAAUUCUCUAUUUACAGAGAUGUUUCACUGUCACUUUAUGAGCUGCUUAUUGUUGUUUUUAUGACUGUUUUACUUUCACUAUAUUGUAAGUUUGUACGUACACACCGUUUACUUUUUGCUUGUCGAAGCUAAAUAGCAUCGAACUCUGUCACGGGUGUAGAAGUGAUAUGUUCUCUUGGUCCCAGUUGACAUUGUUGCCACGGUAGUAACUGAUUGACGUUGACUGUGCCACUGUGAAAACCUGGAGUGAUUCAUAGACAGAAUAGUGGCAUCAUCAUGUAAGACUCACCUGCACAUUAGAGGAGGAAUCAGCCGGCAACAACCUGAAACAACAAGAGCUAUUGAAACAAGGAACUGGACAAGUGGAUACUGGAGAACUGCACUGGCUGCUAGCCUGAAACAACUCCUGCUGAGACUGGGCCUGUGCUAAUAUGCACACGUAAUCCCACCAUAUAUUGGAGGACUACUAUAGAUCCGUUAUUGAUCCAUUAUCCAUCUAGUACUAUCAGUAGGUGUAAUCGGUUUAUAUGACAUAAAUGUAUCUGUGCUGCAUAUAGGGGAAUUGAUAUAUGGGGGUGGUACAUUAACAUGGAGGAGCUAUGUGUCUGUCUGUGGUGAUAUCUAACCUAAAUGUAAAGGUUACAUGGAGAACACAACAACCCCAGGGAGGUUAUUAUGACUAAAGAUCAAGAUAUUCUUCUAUUGAUAUUGAUUGAGACAUAAUGUGGUUUACAAAUGAGACAUAAAGACCAUGGUAUAUGGAAUCCCUUAGGCCAGACAGUCAAUACUGUAAGUAACUGAACUAAACUGCCUGUCAUGUUAGAGAGUUAGUCCGUGCAUCUGUUUUUCUUUGAAUGAUCAUUAUUACUGUAUACUGAACAUACCCCCCCCACCUCACAGUCAGAGUCCUCCUCUGUUGUAGCUGUUGUUGUCACACUGCUGUCCUCUUCUUCCUGUGAUUUUUGUUGCUCUUACCUAAUAAAUAUUCCAUAUAGCCUAAGAUAAGAUCAUCCUGGACAAUUCAUAUGGAGAUGAAUGGGACAGAGAGGGGCUGACUGGGUGGAUAUGGGCUGACUGGGUGGAUAUGGGCUGACUUUGUGAAUAUAGAGUGACUGGGUGUAUAUGGGCUGACUGAGUGUAUAUGGGCUGACUGGGUGGAUAUGGGCUGACUGGGUGUAUAUGGGCUGACUGGGUGUAUAUGGGCUGACUGAGUGUAUAUGGGCUGACUGGGUGUAUAUGGGCUGACUGGGUGUAUAUGGGCUGACUGGGUGUAUAUGGGCUGACUGGGUGUAUAUGGGCUGACUGGGUGUAUAUGGGCUGACUUCUGGGUGUAUAUGGGCUGACUGGGUGUAUAUGGGCUGACUGGGUGUAUAUGGGCUGACUGGGUGUUUUUAUAUGUGCUGACUUGGUGUAUAUGGGCCGACUGGGUGUUUUUAUUUGGGCUGACUGGGUGGAUAUGGGUUGACUGGGUGGAUAUGGGUUGACUGGGUGGAUAUGGGUUGACUGGGUGGAUAUGGGCUGAGUGGGUGGAUAUGGGCUGACUGGGUGGAUAUGGGCUGACUGGGUGGAUAUGGGCUGACUGGGUGUAUAUGGGUUGACUGGGUGGAUAUGGGCUGACUGGGUGUAUAUGGGCUGACUGGGUGUAUAUGGGCUGACUGGGUGUUUUUAUAUGGGUUGACUGGGUGUAUAUGGGCUGACUGGGUGUUUGUAUAUGUGCUGACUGGGUGUUUUUAUAUGGGUUGACUGGGUGUAUAUGGGUUGACUGGGUGUUUUUAUAUGGGUUGACUGGGUGUAUAUGGGCUGAGUGGGUGUAUAUGGGCUGACUGGGUGUUUUUAUAUGGGCUGACUGGGUGUAUAUGGGCUGACUGGGUGUAUAUGGGCUGACUGGGUGUAUAUGGGCUGACUGUGUGUUUUUAUAUGGGUUGACUGGGUGUAUAUGGGCUGACUGGGUGUUUUUAUAUGGGUUGACUGGGUGUAUAUGGGUUGACUGGGUGUAUAUGGGCUGACUGGGUGUUUUUAUAUGGGUUGACUGGGUGUAUAUAGGCUGACUGGGUGUAUAUGGGGGUGAGUUAGAUUACUGUUUUGGGGUCCAGAGAAUUGGGAUGAAAUAAGUAUUUUGUCAGUGAUCUUGGUAUUUCACAGGUUUGUUCAUUGAUAUUUUAUCAUUCAACCCCCAUUCAAGGCUUAUAGCCAGGAAAGAGAUAAAGAGAUAAUUGAGAUAAAGAGAUAAUUGCUGUUCUGUUAAUAUUUAUAAAAGUGGAACAUAGGCUGAAUCCUAUUUGAUAACUCUUAGGGAGGGGAAAUAUUAGCCACAAGGUGUUUGUGUUAAUUUUAGAAGGAACGCUCAGGGCAGAGUUCCUGUCUGUUUUUAGAAUUUGUUUUUAGCACUCUGAAUUUCUCAUCAUGAGGUCACUGCAGAGGAUUGGAAAGUGCUGACUGCCAAUAUUAAGAGGGGACGUGGAGGUUGGUAACGGGAGGGGUUUAGCUGACAUCUGACCUGGCUGCACCCCAACCCCGUAAGCAGAAGGGCCCCAAAGGUUACUUCUUAGACCACUGAAAUAUGAUAUGUCCAAGGGCUCUCUCUACAUUGUCCUCUGGCUGCUAGCUGACCAUCCGUGAGUGUUGCAACACGUUCACCAAUACCAAUACUUCUGUUGCACUUAGUUCUGCUGAUCCAUCUUCAAGAUAAAUAGAAUAUUUAAGCAAAAUGGUAGGAGUGAGAUGUUCUUUGGCUGAGACAGUGAAAGGGGUAAAGAGAGAGAGGAUGGUGGGAGAUAGGGACUAUGUGGAAGGCAGUAUAUGAGUUCAGAGUCCAUAACGUGACACAGCUUCUUCACAAGAGAGUGAGAAGUGAUGACAAGUUGAACAUGCAGGGUAAGUUGACGCCCUGGGGUUGCGGCCGUCUUUGUGUUGUUGGUGUGAAUGUCAGCCUUCAGGGUGCUUCUGAGAGCACAAUAGCACAACGAGCACUGGGACAGCUACGCACGUGGGGCUCUCCUCUCUAGAGUUCCUGGCUUCUACCUUCUACACUGUCCCUCUGAUGAAUUACUACAGCAUCAGAGUGGAGGGCGAGAGCAUGGACAUGAGGGAGGGAGGACGUAAUUGUUCCACUUGAAAUGCAAGGCCUCACUGCUCAGAUCUCAAAUGCAAACUGAGUGAGGUCUAUGGGGAUGAAAACGGCAGUUUGAGAUGUGUGAACCCUGUGGUUGCCUAUGCCAUGGCUGUGCGGUUCAUCAACGCUUACACAGUAACCCUAUGAUGGAGCAGCACAACAUUUCUCUGUAUUAUGUAUGCAACAACAUCCUGAUCCAAUUGCACAGCCAUAUUGCACAGCCAUAUUAUACAGCCAUAUUGCACAGGCCACAUUCAAAUGAAGCAGAAUGGAAAACUGCCACUGUGCUUUUCCUGUCCGCUCUAUUUCUAUGACCUCUGACAUCACCUUGGUUCUGUUUUACCUCUGUGCAGCUCCAGUCUGUUCUAGUUGGCCCAGUUCUGUUAAAGUUAGGUUCUGCACUAUUGGAGAUAUUCAUGGACCUUUCAGGUUUGUCUAUUCAAACCACUUAAAUGGUUCUCAGCUUAGCAGCCCUCUAAUGGUAAUACCGUAUAAAUGUACAUUUACAUUUAAGUCAUUUAGCAGACGCUCUUAUCCAGAGCGACUUACAAAUUGGUGCAUUCACCUUAUGACAUCCAGUGGAACAGCCACUUUACAAUAGUGCAUCUAAAUCUUUUAA